CCUCCCCUUCUCCCUCUAAAACAAACAAACAAAAAGAAACCAACUAAAUAUAUGUCAUAUGUCAAAUAUUAAGUGCUAUGUAGAAAUAUAAAGGAGGGAGGAGGGCUAAGGUAUAUCAUGGUUGGGAGGUGCAGCUUGAAAUGUGAACAAGGAAGCUCUCAUUGGGGUGACAACAGUAAACAAAGACUUGAAGAAAAUGAGGGAAUAACAGUGAAGAGACUGUAAAGCAUGUUUUGGGCAGAAGGAACAUGAAAUGUAAAGGUCGCGAGGCAACAUCACCCUGUGUGUUUGAGCAAAAGGAGGGACACCAGUGUGGCUGAAAUGAAAUGAAUGAGACGGAAAGCAGUAGGAAGUGAGGGGCAAGACCAUCGGGCUCAUCGGCCAGGGUGAAGACUUUUGGCUUUACUCUGGUAGAAAAUGUUGUUAGCCCAAAUAAAUCGAGAUUCUCAGGGAAUGACAGAGUUUCCUGGAGGAGGAAUGGAGGCUCAACACGUUACCCUGUGCCUGACAGAGGCAGUAACGGUGGCAGAUGGUGACAAUUUAGAGAAUAUGGAAGGUGUAAGCUUGCAAGCGGUAACACUUGCAGAUGGUUCCACCGCUUAUAUACAACAUAAUUCUAAAGAUGGAAAACUCAUAGACGGCCAGGUCAUUCAGCUGGAGGAUGGUUCUGCUGCCUACGUGCAACAUGUACCCAUACCUAAAAGUACAGGGGACAGUUUGCGUUUAGAGGAUGGUCAAGCAGUGCAACUAGAAGAUGGAACAACAGCGUUUAUUCACCAUACCUCCAAAGACAGUUAUGACCAGAGCGCCUUACAGGCAGUGCAGCUGGAAGAUGGCACCACUGCGUACAUCCACCAUGCCGUGCAGGUCCCGCAGUCUGACACCAUCUUGGCAAUUCAGGCUGAUGGGACGGUGGCAGGUCUGCACACUGGAGAUGCCACGAUUGACCCCGACACCAUCAGUGCUCUGGAACAGUAUGCAGCAAAGGUGUCCAUUGAUGGCAGUGAAAGUGUAACAGGUACUGGGAUGAUUGGAGAAAACGAACAAGAGAAAAAAAUGCAGAUUGUCUUACAAGGACAUGCGACAAGAGUAACUGCUAAAUCCCAGCAGAGUGGAGAGAAGGCAUUUCGCUGUGAAUAUGAUGGAUGUGGGAAAUUAUAUACAACAGCUCAUCACCUUAAGGUCCAUGAGCGAUCACACACGGGAGACCGGCCUUAUCAGUGUGAGCAUCUAGGCUGUGGGAAGGCAUUUGCAACAGGUUAUGGAUUAAAAAGUCAUGUCAGAACUCAUACAGGAGAAAAGCCAUAUCGGUGUUCAGAAGAUAAUUGUACUAAGUCUUUCAAAACUUCAGGAGAUCUACAGAAACAUAUCAGAACUCAUACAGGUGAAAGGCCUUUUAAAUGUCCUUUUGAAGGCUGUGGUCGGUCUUUUACAACAUCAAAUAUCAGAAAAGUGCACAUUAGGACACAUACAGGAGAAAGACCAUAUUACUGCACAGAACCAGGAUGUGGGAGGGCAUUUGCCAGUGCAACCAAUUAUAAAAAUCACGUGAGAAUACACACAGGUGAAAAGCCAUAUGUUUGUACAGUCCCUGGGUGUGACAAAAGGUUUACAGAAUAUUCCAGUUUAUACAAACAUCAUGUUGUUCACACUCAUUCCAAACCAUACAACUGUAACCACUGUGGGAAGACCUACAAGCAGAUCUCCACGCUGGCCAUGCACAAACGGACAGCGCACAAUGACACUGAGCCUAUCGAGGAGGAGCAGGAAGCCUUCUUUGAGCCUCCCCCAGGUCAAAGUGAAGAUGUUCUUAAAGGGUCCCAGAUCACGUAUGUUACAGGCGUGGAAGGGGAUGAUGUUGUAUCUACACAAGUAGCCACGGUGACGCAGUCCGGGUUGAGUCAACAAGUUACACUUAUAUCCCAGGAUGGGACUCAGCAUGUCAACAUAUCUCAAGCUGACAUGCAAGCCAUUGGCAAUACCAUCACAAUGGUAACGCAGGAUGGCACGCCCAUUACAGUCCCAGCUCACGACGCAGUCAUCUCCUCAGCAGGAACACACUCUGUUGCUAUGGUUACAGCCGAGGGCACAGAAGGACAGCAGGUUGCAAUUGUGGCUCAGGACUUGGCAGCGUUCCAUACUGCCUCAUCAGAAAUGGGGCACCAACAGCACAGCCAUCACUUAGUCACCACAGAAACCAGGCCUCUGACCUUAGUGGCCACAUCCAACGGCACCCAGAUUGCAGUUCAGCUUGGAGAACAGCCAUCUCUGGAAGAAGCCAUCAGAAUAGCAUCUAGGAUCCAACAAGGAGAAACGCCAGGGUUGGAUGAUUAGUCCUCGAAACAGUGGAGCACUACAUCUGGAGGAGCCUUUCAUCUUCAGGCAGCAGACAUCUGAGAGCCCGGGCCCAGGAAAAUUAGAGUUUUUCCAUUCCUAACAUACUGUACACAUUUUUAUGCAAGAGUGGAGAACAUUUUAUUCUUGAUGCUUUUGUGUAUAUAACUCUUGGAAUAGAUUCCCAAACUGAUUCAUUGUGUACAAGGAUGUAUGAAAUUAGGGCAAUACGGUAAAUUUUCACGUUACUCUUUUAUCACUUUGCAAACUCCUAGAGUCUACGUGCAAGAUCAGUGGAGUCUUUGGAGUCUUAUGAUGGAUUUUUAACUUACUGUGAAAAAAUAAAAUAAAGGCUGUAUCUAAAACAUCAAAGGGUCUAUACUUCAAACAAUCAAUUCCAAAAGCCAUCAUGGAUAAUAAAGGAUGUAAAGCCUUCGGAUAUUUCCCCAA